AUGUUAAUCGUGCAUAAACAUAAUAAUGCAAAUUUUUUAAAUUUACCAAUGCCACAUCCUACAUUUAAAUCAUCAGUGCAUAAAUCAAAAAGUUUCAAUAAUUCCACAAAAGAUUCCAAUGACUCAUUUGAACAACAACUGGAUCAACAAUCAUGGAAUAGUAUUGUUAAAUCACAAACUAAUUGUUCUACUGGAAAAUAUAAAAUUCUACGUACAAUAGGACAAGGAAAUUUUGCUAAAGUGAAAUUAGCAAUUCAUUUAUUAACUGGACGUGAAGUAAGUAUUCUUUGUAUUGAAAUAUUAUCGUUUUUCUUAGUGAGUAAAUGA